GAAGGUCCGGCAGCAGCAGCAGUGAUGGGAGACGUGGAGUUCGGCUUUGAGGAGAUGCAGGGGGUGAAGCUGGGCUAUCUGGUCAUCCAGGGCAAGCAGAUGUUCGCGCUGUCCCAGGUGUUCACGGACCUGCUGAAAAACAUCCCUCGCACCACGGUGCACAAGCGCAUGGACCACCUGAAGGUGCAGAAGCACCGGUGCGACCUGCGCCAGCUGCGCAAGCUCAAAGCCCUCAACUCGGUGGCCUUCCACGCCGCCAAGUGCACGCUCAUCUCCCGGGAGGACGUGGAGGCCCUGUACGUGUCCUGCAAGGCGGAGAAAGGCGGCGGCCAGAGGAGGGCGAGAGAGCGCGAGGAGGAGCGCGAGGAGGGGCCGGUGUGGCCCGGCUGGAGCCCGGCGGAGCGCGCGCUGCCCCGGCUGUACGGCGCGGCGUUCGCGCACCACCAGUGCGGCAAGACGAGGCGGAGGCGCCGCUGCUGGAGUAGGAGCAGGGGCCCGCGCCGGCUUGUGCUGCUCCCCGGCUGCUGCGCGGAGAGCUGCUGCAGCAGCAGCGACAGCGAGUCCACGUCCAGCAACAACAACGACUCGGACUUCGGCUCCAGCUUGUCCUCCAGCAGCUCGAGCGGCACGAGUACCAGCACCAACUCGGGCACGACGGACGACGAGGAGGAGGAGGACGACGACGAAGACGACGACGACGACCACGAGUGCGUCUCGUGCUCGUCCGCCGACGACAGCAGCGACGAGGAGGACAGCUCCUCCAGGUCCGACUCGAGCUCGGCCAGCAGCCGCGUCUCCUCGCAGAGCAUCCGCUUCAGGCGCGCGCGGCUCGCCAAAGCGCCCCUGCUCCUGCAGCCCACCUUCCGCUACCGGGAGAGCGAGCGAGCCAGGGCGCUGCGGCAGCUGGACGCGGACGUGGCGAGCUGGAGGAGGGCGGUGGGCAGCUGCUUCUCGGGCAGGCCGCCUCCGCACCUUCACUUUCCUCACCAGCCAAAGACGAGCGGAGUUGGGGCGGUGGGCUUCCCCUACAGCGGCACCCCCAACGCCAACGGGACGCAGAGGAUUCUAGGACUUUCGAACAGAUUCCACUCCCUGGUUUCCAGCCCAGAGCAGGACAAAGACAAGGCGAGCGCACACCACGGCGCUUUCGCGGACUGCAAACUGGCCAGCCCUGACCUCAAAGUGGCCCUCCGAACGGACGACAUCAAGACAGAAGGCGAGGAGAACGGCCACGAAAGCAGCGCUCCGUUUCCGUUCAACCACGUCAAAAUCAAAGUGGAGGACCCUCUGGACGACUACGAAUAUGCAAGCCAAGGCCUCGCCGAGCACUGCAAGAGCAACGGCCUGGAUGUAGAAAAGGAGCACUGCAAAGCGACCCCUCCUCCCCCUCCUCCAAACCAGGAGCCCUGCAGCACUUUAAACGCUCACUGUGCCGAGAAAGGAGAGCACAGGAACGGAGCGAGGGUCAGGAAAAGCCACAGGGUCCCCGUGUGGGGGAAAAAGGCAGAAAGCGCGGCCAAACCGGGCGCUAAAGCGGACAGGAGUCCUCGCUGCGCCAGCCACGAGGGAUCCGGCGAGGAGUGGACGAACCACGUCAAGCGCGGGCGGCCCACCAGCGGCCUGAAGAGGCCCUUCAACUUCAUGGCGAAUUUCCCCUCCCCGCCGUCGCUCAUCAUCGGCAACGAUGGAGAUCUGAGUCCCGCUUACUCUCUGAGCUCCUUCAGGAACAAGCAGCUGCCCCACCGCUCGCACCCCGUGUGGACAUGGCAGCUCGGUGCUUGCGUUGUACCUCCCCCUCUGAGCCAGAGACUCAGGAAAACAAUCCCUUGAACCGGUGCUUCGAGAGGGGUCUUAA